AAGAUCAAGGAUUUUUAAUUCAAAUGCCCUCACUGGAUCUGGGGUUCAAGUUGCUGAUUCUCUCAUAUGAGACACAUAUGGCGCACAAUGAGUUAAUGGCUGGUACAUACAGUAAUUGAAGCUAAAUGCUGAACCUUUCAGUUGGAGGAGUCGUUCUGUCUGCCGGAUUCAAUCAAGAGAUGACCACUGUAUCAAUGGAGCCCCUGGUGGUGCUGGUGGAGAGGAUCCCCAAUGCUACCGAUCCUCCGGUGGACCCCUCCACCAAGGACAUGGCCGCCACACUCACCAUCGGCACCAUCCUGUCCGUCAUGUGCCUGGUGGGCGUGUCUGGGAACAUAUACACGCUGGUGGUAAUGUGCCACUCCAUGCGCUCAGCUGCGUCCAUGUACAUUUACAUAAUCAACCUGGCACUCGCAGACCUCCUCUACCUGCUCACCAUUCCUUUCGUGGUCUGCACCUAUUUCCUCAAGGGGUGGUACUUUGGCAAUGCCGGCUGCCGCAUCCUGAUCAGCAUGGACUUCCUGACCAUGCACGCCAGCAUCUUCACGCUGACCAUCAUGAGCACGGAGCGCUAUUUUGCGGUCAUCAAACCCCUGGACACGGUCAAGCGCUCCAAAAGCUACCGCAAGGCUAUUGCACUCCUGGUGUGGGUGGCGUCGCUGGUGCUCACCCUACCUAUGAUUGUCAGCGUUCAGCUGAUGCCAGUGGGCAUGUGCCACUCUACUCUCAGCCCGCUGUCCUACAAUAUCUACAUCUCCUUCCUCUUCUGCACCAGCAUUGUGGCCCCUGGCAUGAUCAUCGGCUACCUUUACAUCCGCCUGGCUCGGACUUACUGGAUAUCCCAAACGGAGACCUUCAGACUGACCAAAAAGUUGCCCAACCAAAAGGUUCUGUACCUGAUCUUCACCAUCGUUCUGCUCUUCUGGGCCUGCUUCCUGCCAUUUUGGAUCUGGCAGCUGCUAAACCAGUUCAGCCCCCCUGUGGCCCUCUCCGCCAAGGCCAGACGGAACAUCAACUACUUGACCACCUGCCUGACCUACAGCAACAGCUGCAUUAACCCUUUCCUCUACACCCUGCUCACCAAGAACUACAAGGAGUACCUGCGCAAGCGACAGAGGACCUGGACCUCCGGCAGCUAUUUCAACCGGAGGAAUCGGUUCCAGAGGUCCCCGCGGCGCUCCCUGUCCUCCAGCAGCCAGCAGUGCACAGAGAGCUUUGUGCUCGCGCACACAUCCCGAACCAACAACAGCAGUCUGUGAGGUUGGGCUGUGCACUUGGGUGGAAUGACCAUGGAACAGAUGGGGCCAGAAGACAGCUUUGAGAGAGAGGAGAGGAAGAGGCAGAGGGAAGGCUGGCGGAGACACAUCUCUCCCUGGUGGAUCCUGCGUCAUCAAACGCUCUUCAGAGGAUAAUAGUUACAACCAUGAACAGCAAGGGCAGCAUUGAAUCUCUAAACAUCCCCCCCCCCCCACACACACAUACAUAUAUGCACUAUGUGUGUUUAGUCAUGGAAGACCUGAUCACAAAGUGUCAAUGGCUCCGCUGUCCUAUUUUGAGGUGUUCCACAGAACAAAACAUCCCUGGCAGCUUUCCAUGUCUCACCGUGUUUAUCUCCCCUCCGACUCCCUCUGGCAAAAUUCAAAGAAAAAAAUGCUAAUGGAAAUGUCAGCCUUAAUUCUUCCCUCUUCCCCUGCAGCCUCCUCAGGUGACAUGACCAUUCCUUAUCAUUUCAAAAUGGCCGGCCUUCACAAUUUAAUCAUGGGCACACAGACUUCUCUGUUUCUUGUGUAGCAUAAAUAUUUUGCAGCAUUUCAAGGAUUUAAAAAGGGUUUAGAUAGAUUUGUAGGGAAUAAUUGUGACCCACACAAUGAAAAGUAGAUUAGAUAUGUAACAUGCAUGUGGCAAUCAAAACCUGACAUCAACAAGCAUUGUUUUUAUUCAAAGAUUCGCUGUCAUUCUCGUUUUUAUAUGAGAAUUAAUUUAUUUUACUGCAGGGCAUGAAUCUAAAUGAAAAUUCCAUUCAUAUCUGCAAUACAUAAUUGAUUUAUGGAGUCUGUCAGCGGAGACUGUCUGAGGCAUAUGUUCUGGAAUUUACAGGAAGGAAAUGUUUCUGAGCACUGCCCAGUUCAAUCCCUCAUCAUUGUUGUUGCUCUAGAAGUUCACCUGUUUACAACACCAAGCUGACUGACACAUUCCCUCUGUUUUAACUGAGUGACCAGGGUGUGUUACUGAGAAAGAGUGCCAAAACCAGUGCCUCACUCAAGAGGACACGCAUAUUUCUGCACAUCACUAACCUGCUCAGAGUUGCACACCUCCACUAAUCCUUAGCACAAUGCAAAUAAUGACUGAAUUCUUCAGAAUUGUGAAGAAUUCUUCAAUGCACAUUGGGAAAAGGAUUCACUUAAGCUUUUGGGAAUGGAGUUUACACAGACUUCAUUCAUUCACAUCAAAACAGGAGAAAAUUGUCCUAGCAGUGUUUCCAUACACUAAACACCACAGGGGAGGAAUUGUGUUCAACCCAAAGGCCCCACAACUGAGAUCCCUUCAGAUCCAGUAGGCUAAGGUUAUUAAAAGAUUAUUCUGGUAUGGUGAUUAUUCUGGUGUGUGAUGGAAGGACAGUUAUCAUCUCCCCUUUUGCAUACGUUCAACAUAGAAGUUGAACCCUUAAUUUGCAUAACAAACUGGUUGAGUGGAAUUUCGUGUGAGGAAACCUGUCAAAGGCAAGCCAGUUAUCAUCAUUACAAAG